UCGUACGCUUUUCGUAGCCGCAAAUCUAGCGAUAGUAAGUAUUUCUCUUCUCACCUCGAAACUAACUUUUAUUUCUCCAAAUCUCAGCCUUAUUCGUUAGCCUAUUGAGAUCUGGAGAGAAACAUCGUUGAAACUUGAAAUUUUGAAAAUGAAGCUCGGAAUCAUCAUUGCGUCUCUUCUAAUGCUGGUUCUCGUCUCUGGCGAGAUUUCGACUAAAUCCUCAACUGCUCCAGCACCGGAUCUACCCGCCGACGCUGUAGAUUCACCUCCAACUCACGCACCUACUCCGGAACUUGGAUCUCCGUCGUCUGUUAACUCGCCUUCACCGGCGGAAUCUCCGAUUAACUACUCUUCUCCACCGGAACCUGAACAUUCUCCGUCAAGCUCUCCUUCAACCUCUCCGCCGAUGCCCGAUGAUCAUUCAACUCCCUCCUCUCCGUCUCCCGAAGCUAGCGAUGUAAACCACAGCGACAUUACUGGAGUCGAAGAGAAGAAAUCAUCCGGAGGCGGUGGAAUGAGCGGCGGGACGAAGGCUGGGGUGGCGUUUGGGACGAUAGCGGCGGUGUGUGUGGUUGGAUUAGCAGGAUUUGUAUACAAGAAACGGCAGGAUAAUAUUCGCAGAUCUCGCUACGGUUACGCUGCCAGAGAUAUUCUUUAAACUCUGAGGGAAAGAUCCAGCCAGGCUUGGCUUGAUUCAAUUUAUCUUUCUUGUCACUUUCGAAUUCAAAUCAUUUAUUGAUCUAUCUUUGAAGAAGUACUUAUAAUCCACCCUUUGAAGUUGAUUAGUUAAUUCA